GAUUUGCGGCCCCCGCGGAUGCUGCAGCGCUGGCCUGGCCGCGUCCCGCUGGCUGGAGCGUGCUCGCGCGGGCCAUGCAGGAGCCCCUGCUGGGAGCUGAGGGCCUGGACUAUGACACCUUCCCCGAGAAGCCGCCCCCGUCGCCCGGAGAGAGGGCGCGGGUCGGGGCCCUGCAGAACAAAAGGGUGUUCUUGGCCACCUUUGCUGCGGUGCUGGGCAAUUUCAGUUUUGGGUAUGCCCUGGUCUACACGUCCCCUGUCAUCCCAGCCCUUGAGCACUCCUCAGACCCAGAUCUGCAUCUGACCAAAACUCAGGCAUCCUGGUUUGGGUCUGUGUUCACCCUGGGAGCUGCUGCUGGGGGCCUCAGUGCCAUGGUCCUCAAUGACCUCCUGGGCCGGAAGCUCAGCAUCAUGUUCUCUGCGAUCCCCUCUGCGGCGGGGUACGCGCUCAUGGCAGGUGCCCAUGGCCUCUGGAUGCUGCUGUUGGGGAGGACACUCACUGGCUUUGCUGGGGGACUCACGGCGGCCUGCAUCCCGGUGUACGUAUCUGAGAUCGCCCCUGCUGGUGUCCGUGGGGCCCUGGGGGCCACGCCGCAGCUCAUGGCAGUGUUCGGAUCGCUGUCUCUCUACGCCCUUGGCCUCCUGCUGCCCUGGCGUUGGCUGGCCGUGGCCGGGGAGGGGCCUGUGCUCGUCAUGGUCCUGCUGCUCAGCUUCAUGCCCAACUCGCCGCGGUUCCUGCUCUCCCGCGGCAGGGACGAGGAGGCACUGCAGGCACUGACCUGGCUGCGCCCAGCUGAUGCAGACGUCCACUGGGAGUUCGAGCAGAUCCAGGACAAUGUCCGGAGACAGAGCAGCCGAGUGUCGUGGGCGGAGGCCCGGGACCCCCACAUAUACCGGCCGGUGCUCAUUGCCCUGCUCAUGCGUUUCCUGCAGCAGCUGACAGGCAUCACGCCCAUACUGGUCUACCUGCAGCCCAUCUUCGACAGCACAGCCGUGCUGCUGCCCCCCAAAGAUGAUGCAGCCAUUGUGGGAGCCGUGAGGCUUCUGUCCGUGCUGAUCGCAGCCUUCACCAUGGACCUGGCUGGCCGCAAGGUCCUGCUCUUCGUGUCAGCAACCAUCAUGUUUGCUGCCAACCUGACGCUGGGGCUGUAUGUCCAAUUUGGUCCAAGGCCUCUGGCCCCCAACAGCACUGUGAGCCUCGAGACCCUGUCCUUGGCGGGCACAGAGCAGCCCCCCACCACACCCACCAGCUACCUCACUCUGGUGCCCCUCCUGGCCACCAUGUUCUUCAUCAUGGGCUAUGCCAUGGGCUGGGGGCCCAUCACUUGGCUGCUCAUGUCAGAGAUCCUGCCCUUGCGUGCCCGUGGCGUAGCCUCAGGGCUCUGUGUGCUGGUCAGCUGGCUCACCGCCUUCGUCCUCACCAAGUCCUUCCUGCUGGUGGUGAAAGCCUUCAGCCUCCAGGUGCCCUUCUUCUUCUUCGCGGCCAUCUGCCUGGUGAGCCUAGUGUUCACGGGCUGCUGUGUGCCUGAGACCAAGGGCCGCUCCCUGGAGCAGAUCGAGUCCUUCUUCAGCAGGAGGAGGUCCUUCCUGCACUAGGCCAGGGAUCUACCUGCCAGGUGGCCAGGCCUCCUUGGUGGCCACAAACCCAUGCCCUGCAGCCGGGACGCGGCGCAGCCGUCACUCCUAUGAGCCGCAGCACAGGGCCAACCAGGACCUGCUUCUGACUGGACAGGCAGCACGCUCCGGCUCAGGCGGCCUGCAGGAGGUGGCGCAGACCUGCUGGCUCUCAGGCUGGCCCUUGGAGUGUGCCAGGCCGUGUGGAGGACAGAGCAGCACGGAGGUGGCAUUGGCUCAGCACAGGAACAUCGUCACUUAGCCUCCUCCAGGCGUCUUGCUGUGGACAGGAGGGUCUGUGGACAUCAUGCAGCAACACAUGCCCUACUUCCAGAGUCCAGGGCACAGGACAGCCACUUGCCCCACAUCAGCCCCACCUCAGGGAUAGGGGCAACCAUCUGCAAACUGUGUUCACCCUAUUUACAAAAAUAAAUAAGUUGGGCCUGCA